UUGAAGCUAUUUUGUAUAAUACAUUACACAGACUAAUUGGCCUAAACUCAGAAACAACAGCUUCUUUUCUCCUGGUGUAUAGUAUUUGCUAAAUAAAAGGUUUUCCUGAUUUGCGCGAAUGCAAUUUUUCUUUUCUAAAUUUAUCUCAUAUCAAACUUUUGAAGAGUGGAUAAGAAACAACAUAUUCCCUUGUUCACAAGUCCCCCUAAAAUUCUGCUCCCAAAGAGUGGCCACUAUAGCAGGACAGAAGAUUAGCUAUAAACAGAAAGCUCUAUAUAACCCACAUUUUGACAUCUUCAUCACCUUUUCAUCCACCUGAUCAUUUCCCCAUAUCAAUAACUUCAAAAUCCAGAAUGAGUUCUCACCAGAUGAAUAGAGCAAAACAUUCAGAAGAAGUAAAAGUGGAGACAAUUGAUCAAAGAGAAUCUGCAGGGCAAGGACAACAACAAAGGGAUAUUGAAGUGAUUCACCAAAGUCACCAAUCUGGAAAACCUGCAACCAGUGGCAGUGUAUUGACAGGCGCCGCAGUUGCUGUCGUUAACACUCUCCAGUCUGCCAAAAACGCCAUUUCUGAUAGUAAUAAGCACUAGUGCAAAUCCUCACAAUGUAGGGAAAGUCGUGACUCAUGCAUAUAUGAAUGUCAUUCUUUUUAUUGAACAUGGAGAUGUUCCAAACAUCUUAUGUACUUGUUCUUGUAAUACUAUAUAAAGGUAUAAUUUUGUAUAGAUUGGCAAAUUUCUUUGAUGGACUUCCAUAGAUGUAAGAUUUUACAAAACUUUUUGUCAUCCAAGGUCU